AUGGACAUCGUUAAAGCAAAGAAGCAGAACCAGGACGAGCUCGAUCGCUGUUCAUGGGAAAUCGCGUUGGCGAAGGGACGCAUCGGCGGUACCAAGGAGGAUAUUGAGAAGGCCAAACACGAUCUUACGCAGUCGGAGAUAGAAGCCGAUCCCAAGGCCGAAGCAAGUCUUGAAAAGAAACAGAAGCUUGAAAAUGAACUAGCCGUUCACGAGAAUGAAUUGGAGGGGCAUCAAGAGAAUCUAAAGAGGUUGGUGAAGUGGUUGCCACCAAUAGAAAAGCGUUGA